CCGCCCCGGCUCGCUGAUCCCAGAAGGCGCCGGGUUUCCCAAGAUGGCGGCAGACGUGUCCGUUACUCACCGGCCCCCGCUGAGCCCGAAGCCCGAGGCUGAGGCCGAAGCGGGCGGUGUCGGAGAGCGUAGGACGCUGGACGAGAAGCUGCCGCCACUAGACCCCGAAGAGGUGCGGAGCCGCCUGGAGCGGACUGAGCGCCAGUUCCGUAACCGCCGAAAGAUCCUCAUCCGGGGCCUCCCGGGGGACGUGACCAACCAGGAAGUACAUGACCUGCUCAGUGACUAUGAGCUCAAGUACUGUUUUGUGGACAAGUACAAGGGGACUGCGUUUGUAACUUUGCUGAAUGGGGAACAAGCAGAAUCGGCAAUUCGCACAUUUCACCAGAGCCACCUGAGGGAUAAGGAGCUGUCAGUGCAGCUGCAGCCCACAGAUGCCCUACUUUGUAUUGCCAACUUGCCCCCAAGCUACACACAGCAGCAAUUUGAGGAGCUAGUGAGGCCCUUUGGCAAUUUGGAGCGCUGCUUUCUGGUGUACAGCGAGCGUAGUGGUCACUCCAAGGGCUAUGGCUUUGUGGAGUAUAUGAAGAAGGAUUCAGCAGCUCGAGCCAAGUCAGACCUUCUGGGCAAACCACUGGGCCCCCGGACACUGUAUGUGCAUUGGACAGAUGCCAGCCAGCUGACUCCAGCACUGUUGCAUUCACGAUGCCUUUGUGUUGACCACCUACCCCAGGGCUACAGUGAUGUGGAUGAACUUCGACAGGCCCUUUCUUCUGUACACCCUCCUACCUUCUGCCAGCUCGCAUAUGGACAGGAUGGACAGCUGAAGGGCUUCGCAGUUUUGGAGUACGAGACAUCACAAAUGGCUGAAGAAGCCCAGCAGCAGGCAGAUGGGUUGGUCCUGGCUGGGAAUUCUGUCCGAGUGUCUUUCUGUGCCCCAGGUCCUCCUGGCCGGAGCAUGCUAGCUGCCCUCAUUGCUGCCCAGGCCACGGCUCUGAACAGGGGGAAGGGGCUGCUGCCGGAGCCAAACAUUCUUCAGAUCCUCAGUAGCUUAGGACCCCCUGCAUCUCUACAACUUCUUCUGAAUCCUCUGCUGCAUGGUCCUGGGGGUGGAAAUAAACAGGGCCUCCUGGGUGCACCUCCAGCCAUGCCCCUGUUGAACAGCCCAGCUUUAUCCACAGCAUUGCUUCAGCUUGCCCUACAGACUCAGGGCCAAGUCCAGCAGAAACCAGGGAUCCUUGGAGACUCUCCCCUGGGUUCAUUCCAGUCUGGGACCCAGCCUAGUAACACUCUUCUUGGAGAAUUACCUGCAGGAGGAGUCCUGCCCUCAGAUAUACCCCCAGUUCGAGGGAAGCCUCCAUCUCUCUUGCCGCCACUGCUGGGCACAGCAGGGGGAGAUCGUGAAGCUCUGGCUCUGGGGGCUUCAGCCACUCAGCUCACCCCACCUCCUGCCUCCCUUCGAGGUUCUGUCCUCAGUGGAUUACAGAAACUCAGUGAGAAUGGGCCCCCACCAACCUCUGGGGUCUCAUUGCUGGGAGAGCCACCCAAGGACUUCAGGAUCCCUUUGAACCCUUAUCUAAACCUGCACAGUCUCUUACCAACAGGGAGUGGCAGCAAAGCUUUUAACCUGAAAUCCAGCAUGCUGGGUGGUACUUCUAGUACCCGUCUGUCCACUGAUUCAGGCCUUUCUUCCGAUGGCUAUGGCUUUGACUACCCACCGGAUUUAGGUCCUCGGCGUAUGUUUUCCCAUCCUCGAGAAUCUGUGGGGCCCAUACUAGGACCACUUGGACACAGCAGACAUAAGAUGUCUCCCCCACCCAGUGGGUUUGGUGAACGGGGCAGUGGAAGUGGGGGGCUCCCCCACUUUUACUCAGGUUCCCCUACCUCCUACUUCACCAGUGGUCUGCAGGCUGGCCUCAAGCAGAGUCACCUCAGUAAGGUUGUUGGCACGUCCCCCAUGGGUUCUGGAGAGGGUCUCUUGGGUCUGGGUCCUGGCCCUGACAGCCAUGGCAGCCUGAUGAAGACUCCUAUGGGUGGCCAGAAACGGGGCUUCUCCCAUCUGCUUCCUUCCCCAGAGCCUAGCCCUGAAGGGGGGUAUGUGGGGCAGCAUUCCCAAGGCCUGGGGGGCCAUUAUGCAGAUUCCUACCUGAAACGCAAGAGGAUAUUCUAAUGAACCCCUGAUCAAAACCUCGACCCUACCCCAGGCUGGCUGACUGCUUUUAAAGCCCACUCUUGGAUUUCCAGUUUUUAAAAAACAAAAACAAACAAACAAAAAAACCAAACACAAACAACAAAGUGUAUGUAAAGAAUUUGCCUUCUGAACAGGGCCAGCCCCCUCAGACUCAGCUCCUUUCUCCUUAGUAGAAAUGGCUGUGCCAGGGAAUGGGGGUUGUUCCCUUCAAUACCAGCACCUUUUGACAUCCUCCCUGGGCCCUGCAGUUCUAGAGACUCGCAGAGUUCCUGUUGUAAUAGGGGUAAAGAAGGGGAUGUCCUUCAAGUAACAUGUAGGGACCAGACUGGGCAGGGGUCAGGAUGUCUUUUCCCCAUACCCUUGGACCUAUAUUACUCUUCUAGGGCGAUAUCCUUGCCCUAUUCCACUUUGGACUUCUGGGGGGGGCCACCAGAGAUCCUGUCCCAAAAACAUUGUAGCCUUAAGAGGCCCCCAGGGUUUGUGACCUCAUUCUUGCUUUCUCCUCAGUACCCUUUUCUCUGUGACUCUUCAUUGACUUUUUUCUCUUGUCCAUUUUCUGUCAUCUCUAUGUGUCUUGUCUCCCUCCUUUCUCCUUGGUGUCUCAUGAGAGGCGUCUUGGGCUCCCUGGGUGGCUCCAUAAGGCUGGGCCUAUACUGGAUCCUGGGGUUUGAGUGCCUUUGGACAUUGUGCAGCUUCCUUUUUAGGGGAAUGCUGUAUCUAGGUUGCCUUUAAAUUUUUUUUAACAAUUGUUUUUAUUUUCUUGUGUGUGUUGUUUUUUUUUAAUAAUAAGCCACGAAGAACCCAGCUCCCGAUUCCUAAGCAUCCCAGGGAGCCUGGGAAGCUCAACUUUUGUAUUUUCUCUAUGGCUUUAAACUUCUUAGCUACAUAUUGGAAAUGGUUUUGGAUGGGGGGGGCCUUUUUUUUUAAUGCUGCAGGUGUGGCUGCCUCCCACCCCCUGCUGCUGCUUCUGGUCUUUAUAUAGAAAUAAUGGCCCUUCCUGUGUCCCCAGAUGCCUUAAGGCCCUGAGCCUCAGUCCCCGCCCAGUCCAGAGAACUCAGCAUCUGUGGUUCAUUCUGAAGCUGCUGGGGCUACACUUCUCUCCUUAAAACUCAGGACCAAACAGCUGAGAGAGGAAGGGACAGACUGGGAGGUGAGCCUUUAAGCCAGCCCCUCCUCUCAAUGAGCUCAGCUGAGAGUGGCUUUCUGUUGGAUUGCAGACCCAACAGUUGCAGAGGUCUCCUUUGAAGUAAAGCUUUAUCUUUCAUUUCAUCCAUACUUUGCCCCCAUUUGGUUUUUAUGGUGAAAUUCUUUCUGCCCAAUUAUGUCAGCUGGAGAACUCUAGCUGCCCCUAUAGCCCUAAGGCCAAAGUCUCUAAGCUGAAUGAUAACCUUUGCCCCCAGGGAGAGGAAAGGGCCAUCCCAGGCCUCCUCUGUUAGGGUAGGCUGCCCCUCUCCCAAUUCAAGUGAGCCAACCCCCUCUAGUGCCUCCAUGUGCCCCUGGGCACAUCACCUCAUAUGCCUAACCUUUCCUCUCCCCUAUCCCCAAGACCUGCCUCGGGCUUUUCCCCACUGCACUCCCAUGUUCCUAAUAGCCCUUCUUAAUCUGUACUUUGUCUUUGUCUUCCGAGCUAGACCUGCCAGGGACUACCUGUUCCAGGGCUCUAGGCUCCGACCUGCUGUCUUUGGACCAGCCCUAGUUUCCAGGGCAAGGUUUUCAGUGCCUCCACUGUCUGCCCUACAGGAACCCUGGGUGGGGGAGUAGUAGCUCUGUCCUCGUAAAUAUGACUGUCCCUUGAAAUCCACAUUUGCUGAAUUAAAGUUUUUAAGUAAAAUGAUUUUAAUGAAA